CGGCUUCUUUGAGUGUUGUGUUACAGUAAGUGCUAUCUCAGAUCAUACAUCAGUUAGCUGACCUUUGCUAACGUUUACAGUAAACAUUUGCCCAAGACGUCGAUGUAUCUAUAGGAGCUUCAACUAUUGUUCUUGUCAAGAUUUCGAGAUUUUUAAAGAUCACUAAUUUGUCUACUCAGGCAGAGGAUUUAUGCCUUAAGACAUACAGGAAUUUCUGUAGUCCCGUCUGUAGACGAUUUUUUAAGUAUUUCUGAUACUCUGAUUAGAUGGUUUGCAUAAGGUGGAAAAUGACAUAGAGUUUUUUGGAGCUGUAGUCUAUUGAUUACAACUAAGAUGAAAUACCGUUCACCCUCCAUACCAUACCUUCUUUGAAUAAGAGUCCUCAUUCAUAUCAUCAACUUUAACAUCGACCCCGAAGUUUUUCAGUGGUGGUUCCGCGUUCAGGUAUGAUCACCCCUAGUUGACUGGAAGAAAGCUCGAAGCACCCGAACUAGGACGUCUUAUCAGUCCGUGAAAUCAUGAGUAGUCAGUUUUGGUCUUGUUGGCAGUUUCGAACUCCCUGCCUAGGUUUAGCAUGGUUAUCGUAUCCGGUGGUUAGAUGCGUUCGAUGACAUGGCUCAGUACCGAUAUCAUUGGCGCAGAUGCAUUUACUCUACCUUCUUUGAGAUACUAGGUUUCAAACUAUCUUGUGCUUUUUUACUUAACGAAUUCAUCUUUUUUGGGGUUGUGUUAUUUGUUUUCUAAUAUUUUCUGCUGUUCUUACUACUACUCUAGGAUUCGUUUUGACGUUUCCAUCUAGCUGUUAUUGUGAUGUAGCAACUUAACCCGUUUGACAUAUAGGCCAACUUCUACAGUGUGUGUAACUGACCAACUAGGAUCUAGAGGAGAUAUUUUCACGAAAUCGUUAUGUAACUUAAUAGAGAUUGCAUCUACCACAAUAUUCCUACCUUCCUCUGCAGUUUGAUCUUUUCCUUCAGUGAAAAAUUGGUGAACUUGCUCUGAAACAGUGGCUAGAAGAGUAUUCUCUUCCUAUCGAUGUAGAGUAGUAGCACCGGAUAUUUUUUUCAUCAAACUAGUAACAAUACUAGUAAGGCUAAGUGGGUGGUGUUUAUUAACCAAAUGUUUGUCCCCAGUUUGUACACCAGUUACUUGGAAGUUUAGAUUCUUGCUGUGAUAAGCCAAACAGGAUUGCCAGCGGUUUUGCAAUUAUUUCAGACAAGAUAUAGUUUUCAUCAUGAAGUAUUUAUCACUUCAAGGACUUCAUUCAAAAAUCUUAGAUAUAACAAUUCAGACUAUCGGUGACUUGAUAAAUUUGUCUAGUGGUCUAGCUUUUCCAAUUUUUUUCCACUCCAUUCAGCAUCAUAUGUCAAGCCAGUAUAUAGAAAUUAACUUGACCAUUCAGGAUACUUUGGGUUCCCAAUCUUAUAAACUGACUUGUUUCUGCACAAAGCAGUCACUUAAGCAUAUGGCAACAAUCUUCAAAAUCUCGAUGUCGCUAUGUAGAAGAAAAAGUCUGCGGAGAAUGAGUUAUAGGCUCUUUCCUCGACCCCACCUUAUUUCAAAAGUGAAUAAUCAUAUGGUCUGUGUAACUUUAUAAUCCCAGUCAACGCUGCUUUGUUUCACAUUAAGUUAUCGUCUGCCUCCUUGCUCAUCUGGCGGAACAACCGACUUCAACUGUUUCCCCACACCAAAUGUAAUACAGUCUCAAAUUUAAUUCUCCUAACUUGCUCAAAUUAUCCUAAAUUUUGGUGGUUUGUUUUCACAGCCACUAGGUGGUUAUCGAAGUAUUCAUACACCACUCACUUUUAAUUCUUUUAUUCCAAUCAGCAGUCAGUCAGUCAGUCAGCUACAACGUAGGACCAGGCACAUAUAUGCAUCGGUCCAGGUUGCCAUACCGCAUCAGCACAACAAGAUGAACACCGGAUUCAUAGCAGUGGUUAUGUCAAAGGUGGUAAUAUAUAAGAGAAAGAUUGCAUAUAGAGAUAUAAUACAAGAAGAAAGAAUUGGUUCGUACAAAGAAAGAUAUGAAGCGAUUUUAAUCUCUUAGUUUAAGGGAAGACAGGGAGUGUAUACACCGACGCCAUUGUGAUCGAUUCUGAGCCAUGUCACCAAGAGUCUCCAACCAUUGGUUACGAUAGUCACGCCGACCACAACCAAGUAGUCUGCAUCUACCAACAUGACUAAGACUACAAGUUAGUGACUUUAAGCACUGAUGCCACGUUUUGGUUUGGCCGCCCCUAACUUUCUUCCAACCAUCUCCAAUACCGGAUAGCAUUGCUAAAAUAUUAGUCAACCUAGUCGCUAAAAUUGGACCACCAUCCUUAAAGACUUCUGGAGCCAGUCCAUCUGGACCAGCUGCCCUUCCUCGUUUCAGAUUAACUAUGGCCUUUUGAACUUCUGCUAGAGUUGGGGGACCUACUUCAAUGUUCCAUUCACAUUGUCUGGGAAUGGAGGGUAGUUGUAGAGUAGCUGAAGGCCAGCUGAACUGUUCUCUGAAAUGUUCCGCCCAUCGUUCUAAACGUCUGGACUGGGAGCAGAUGAGAGUGUCGCCUUUUUCCGAAAUAAUCUCACUUACACUUGACUUAUUAAUUCCAGUUUCUUUUAUUAGUCUGUAAAGCUGUCUUGUGUUCCCUAUAGUCGCCGCCUUUUCCAUCUCUUUUGCUUUCAUUCCAAUCAGCUAAUAAGUUGAAUUCGACGAAACGUCUAACAAUCAGUAUCAUAUUGCCUCCAUAUCUUCUCCUGGAUGUUGGAAACCUAUGGCACCAAAUGUCACAAAAUCUGGGUCUAGGGUAUCAUGUCAGAUACAUCCAACCACAUAAUAUCAAAACGCAGUGAACCCACUGUUAAACUUUUCAGAUUAGUUGAUACAUUGUAAUUCGAUCAGCAGAAUUAGAUCAGCACCAGGGGCUAGAAGGACGUGACAUUAGUCACUAUCCAGAAAUCAAUUAGUAUAUAUGCAAUAAAUGAAUAUAAAACUGAAAGUUCUUUUUUCAUAAAGUCGAGGUAAGCAGUCAGCUGACCGUUGUCAACAUAGAACCUAGCGCAUAUACCCAUCAGUUCAAAUCCCCAUGCCUUAUCACGACAGAGAAAUGUGAAGUUAUCUAUACACAAUAUCAACAAUGGUAAAGAAGAUUAACCAUAAAGAAGGUUACUCAGGAUGGAUGAAUUUGCGAAACAAAAGGCGUUAGAUGAUUCUGAAACACAUGAUCUAAGAGGGGACAAAACGUGAAUGCAUCUGCGUUACUGAAACCAAUUCUAUGUCAUUUCACUCGACGUAUCGAUUGUUCACGAUUAUCAUGUGAACCCCAACUAGGUAUUCUACACCUUGAAAAAUGACUCAUUCCAACAGUCAUCGACUUCAUGGACUGAUUUGACGUUUUGGCUUGACCACCCCUAACAUUCUUCCUACCUGCUUCUACGUCAGCCAACAUCGCGCGUCGAGUUAAGCAGUAGCUGGAAACUGGUAUAUGCAUAUUGUUGUAAGCACUUUAGAGAUUUAUAUUAGUUAAAUCUUAGUGUUCUAAUAUCUCUAUGUUCAAGCAUAUCAUUCAGAAGAUUUGUAAAUGUUAUAGUUUAUGUAUACGUAUAAUGAAUGUAUUAUGGGUUUUUUUGAAAAUAUAAGCUGUAUUCAACUGACCGGGGAACAUCCUUACGAUGAAUACAAACUACCCUCCAUCUCGUCUUCAAGUAUCAAGUUUGUCAUGUAAAAAUAAGUGUGGCUUUUAUGGGAAUCCUUCAUGGGAUGGAUAUUGUUCCGUGUGCUAUCGCAACGCUCAUCAAAGACAAUCGAAUUUUCUUCAGGCUUCCUCCACUUCAUCACUUUCAACUCCAAAUUCGGAAGUAGAGGUUAAGCCUAAACAUAGCACUGGAAGGAAUACAACUUCUAUCAAAAAUAUAUUUAAGGUUCCUCGAGGUAAGGAACGGCCAUUCUGUAAAAUAUCUCAGAUGAUAACCGGGACCAAAUUUCAGUGAACCCAGAAGAGUGUUUACAAGCCGAAAAAGAAUUUAAAACAUUUCUAAACACCCUUCGAGCCUCUGCAAAUGCCGACAUUUCCCGCCAUGUUUCAAAGCUUAUGGAACAGUUGGAGCCUAUUCGAAGUUCAAAUAUUAAUCAAGCCUCAAUGAUUGUGCAAGACUUUUAUCACAACCUUUCAAACCGUAUUUCAAAUAAUCCUAUGUAUUCAAAUUUGUCACCAAAAACCAAAGAAUCUGUUUUAAACUCAGUUGAACGUUUCGUUACAACUUGGAUUUAUUUUUGGGCUUUUGCUUCACCUACAACGGAUGAUGAGGAAAUAGAUUUGAAAUUACAGGAAAAAAUUCGGUCAUUGCAUUGGGUAACUCCCUACUUGCUUGAUUCACCGAUUAAUCCUAAUUCGUCAGAGGAACUUGCCCAUUUAGAUCUAGCAACAUUUGCUCUUAUCAAAGUGAAUACAUUACUUGCAUCUGAAGAUAAAUUAAAUCAAAUAGUUCAGUGUUGUCGUAGUGUAUUCGAUGCAUUAAGAGCUCACUAUCGAAAUUAUGCCGCUAUAACACAACAAUAUUUAUCUAACAACGAUAAUAAUGAUAAAAGCCCAACACCUGAUUAUAUGCCUAGUCAAAAUGAAAAUAACAAUUCAACUCAUGUACAAAAUAAUGUCAUGAAUAACUCUGUGAAUAUAACUAAUAAUGUUGUAUUUGAACAAGAAGAUACCGCUAAUGCUGACGAUUUUUUACCGACACUAAUUUGGAUUGUAUUGAAUUCAAAUCCACCAUUAAUCUAUUCUAAUUUACAAUUUAUUAUGAGAUUUGCUAAUCAGAAUAGACUGAAUAGUGGUGAAGCUGGUUAUUUCUUCACGAAUUUAUCGUGUGCCGUUCACUUCCUGAGAAAUCUAACUCAUGAGUCAUUAAGUUUAUCCGAGGAAGAUUUUAGUCGAUGUAUGCGAAAAGGUUUAUUAUUAAUCAGACGUCCUGGUGAACCAUUAUCAGAAAACGAAAAAUUAUUAAUGGAUAAUGGAAUUCGUCUUGCGGAUUUAGAAGAUAGCCUAAAUGAUUUAAAUACAAAAUUAGAAUCAGCUGAAUUGGAUAUGAAACGAUUUCAUGAAUAUUUUCAUCAUGAAAUAAGACAAAUACGAACAAAUAUUCCAUUGAAUGUACGUAUAGAUGAUUUAGAUUCACGUCAUUUAGAAAAUCCACAUAUUUUAUUAUUAGGUCCAUUAUGUAAAUCAAAUCGGCAAAAUGAGUCAUUACUAGACUGUGAUUUGGAUGAGGCUACAAAUCGUCUAUUACCAGAUCCUAUACAACCGACUCCAUAUGUUGCUGUUGAUCAUUGUAAAAAAAGUGUAUAAAUCUAUAUACAUCUAUUUACUUAUUUAUGUUUUUUUUUUAAAAAUAAUAUUAACUUUUAAUUUUCAUUGAAUUCUAAUUUAAAAAGAACGUUUAUAUUUCUUUCGAAAGGUUUUUAUGGAUGUAUAGUGUAAACAAUCAAUAAAUUAGUGUAUAUUAAACUAC